AUGUCGGCUCCAUAUAGACAUCCGCACUACGCGGCAAGUUGGUCUCAGAAAAGACCAUGGGUGCGCGGUCAGGAGCAAGACGAUACAGCAGUGUACGAAUACGACUACAAUGACUACCCUCGUCGACGAGCACGAGCAGCGUAUGAUUCUGAUGCGUAUCGGCGUGAUCACUACGAAGCGUACGCUCCAGCUGGCUAUGCCGACUAUGGUCACGGUGGAUACGACGCGCCCGAGCGUUAUCCGUGUCGUGAUGGGUACGCGUACGACCAAGCUCAUCCUUACGCCGGCGCACCAUGGAGUCAGAACGGAUACGAUGCACACACAUACCCGCAAGAUCACCAUUACACUUCGUAUCACUGGCAGCCGCUACAUGAAGCCGUUGCACCCAGGCACGCAUAUGAAGCGCAAACAUUGCAUCCGAAUGCACCUACCUCGGCGCAUGCGUCAGCCACCCAAGUCUGGACCAGCGCAGCCCGUGCGCCGAAAGGCGUUCAUGGUGCUCCCGCUGCUCCCAGAGCGAUGCUCGAUGCUGCUGCUGCUGCCUCUGCCUCGGCCGCUGAUUCGCCUGCCUCAAAAGGCGCCAACGCUGGAAUCUAUCUGCCAACACACGCCCACCUGCAGCAACAGCAGCGACAGCGAGACUACCACUCUUAUUCUCCGGUGACUGACUCUUCUCGAUUCAGACCAUAUAAUCAAAACUCGUCCUCUGUGCGAGCAAAACCGAUGCAUGCUUCCACAUCUGGACUGCCGACAAUGCGGCUUCAACCACCAGCGAUGCGCGCGGCGCCACGGCCAUCGUACAUGGAACAAGCCAAACAAGCGUCCAGGCAGCUGAGCGAAGAGGAGGCGCGCGAUCGCAAGUUGCUCGUCAUCCUCGAUCUCAACGGUACGCUUGUGUUCCGAGCCAAGAGUCGUCAUGGCAGAGCCAAAGAUUCUGCACAUGCGGUACCUAGGCCGUUCUUGCGAUGCUUUUUGCAGUAUUGCCUCGGCAUCUCAAAGGGCGACGCUACCCUGUGCUCGGCCAAGUCGAAAGAGAUCGAUCCAGCCAUAGCUCGACCACAUGGCUCGCAUUUCUGGCGCACCAAUCCCGAGACUGGACACAUCUACGAACCUUGUUCUGCCGGAAAUGCCCAUGUGGUCGUGUGGUCCUCUGCCCAACCUGCGAAUGUCGACAGCAUGGUUUCUGUCUCGUUCGACGCAUCGAUCCGAUCCCAGUUGCUCCGUGUCUGGGCGCGCGACACUCUAGUACCCAAUCGCUUCUACCAGCACAAAGCCGAGAGCGUCAAAGACCUCGAAAUCGUUUGGGCCGAGCUCAACGCUUUCGCCAAUCAACAAGCUUCGCCCGGUCGUCUGCUAGCCGAAGCGAGGGACCAAGCCGACCAGGCACGUCCGGACGACGUACCGCCACCGAAUGCUCCGAAAGCGCCAGCUGCGGAUAACAAAUACAGAGGCAAGAUGCACAAACAGAAACUCAAGGCGCAAAAGCAGCAGCAGCAGCAGCAGCAGCAGCAACAAGCGCAGUACAUGUCAGCGAGCUUGCAAGCGGCAAAGCUCGCAGAAGAACGCGGGCCGUGGGGUGCGCACAAUACUGUCUUGGUCGACGAUAGUGUAGCGAAAGCCAAGUUGCAACCGUACAACCAGCUGCUCAUUCCAGAGUUUGGCACGGACGACGCGAAAAGGAUGAAAGAGUUUAUACGUCACGUGUCGACGACUGCAGACGCGCAAGAGCAAGCGUAUGUGGAUGAGUCGCAUUCGGCGCAUGGUGCAAUGGCAGACGACGAUUUCGAGUACGACUCGGACCUGUCAAUUGGCAAGAAAGCAGUCGGUCCAGCUUUGUCCGAUACCGAGGUUGUCGAUACAGUGGCCGAUGCCUCAGCUGAUUCCAAACCACAUGAUGCCACUGAUACAGACGAGCAAGACAGCUCGAACACGAAAGCCAGGCUCGAAAGUCAACUGGACGAUGUGCUGCUGCAAACUAUCGGAGUGCUCGAAACGCUGCGUUAUCAGUCCAACGUCAGCGCUUUCAUCCAGAGCGGCGGCAUCGAGGGCUACGGCGCACCUAAAACAGCGCAAAAUCAAGAGCACAGCUUGCAACUGAUCCAACAGGGUGCAACACCCGAGUUCUGGGUGGACAAGGGAAGAGACGUGUGUGGCAAGCUCGGCAUCGACGUCCAGGCGUGGUCUGCGGGAGAUGCUGCUUCGGCCACCGCUGCGCUGUAA